AUGGUUCUUUGUUCUGUAUUUGGUUGCAAUUCAAAUAAUGAUAAGAAAAGGGCAACUUGCAGGCAAUCUGAAAAUAUAAAUUUUUAUAGUUUUCCAAAAAGAAAUAAAUCACCACUUAGAUUUAAACAAUGGUUAGUGUUUUGUAAACGUAAAGAUUUUGUCCCGGGUAGUGGAUCUAGAAUAUGUUCAAAACAUUUUCAAGAAAAAGAUUUUACAGAAUCGAGUAAACUACAAAAACAGCUACUGCCAAAUGAAAAAAUAAAGUUAUACUUAAAUUCCGAUUCUAUUCCAACUAUUUACAAAGUCGAUGAUCUUAGACCCAAAAUACCUCGAAGUAUAAGAAUAUCAAGAAAAAGAAACGAAGAAGAUAUACCAAAACUAAAUUCAACAAACAUCGGUAAAAAAUUAAAAGUUGACAAUUUCGUAAACGAUUUUAAUGAAUCUGAUUCCGAAGACGAUAAUGUACUAGAUAUUGAUAAUCCAAAUUGUAUUUACUUCAGUGAUAAUCCGAAUGAUAAAGGCAUACAGUGUGAUUUAGGCAAUGAGUGCUACAAAUUGUAUAAGCCUACAAAUGACAUAUCUUUUGAAAUAGAAAACCAAGAAGAAGAAGAAGAAGCGUAUGAAGAAGAAGAAAUUUAUGAAUGUAAACAGACACCAAAAAAACCAUCAUCAAAAAUAGAAGAAAAUUCUUGUUUUUUUGUAUUUUGGGAUUGUUUAUUGACACUUUUUAAUCGUUGCCGUCAAUGUAAUUCUACAGUUGUAUCCGUCCAACAUUAUAUCCAAGGGGCAUUACUCUCUGUUAUAACUAUAUGUGAUAGAAACCAUAAAUUAAUUUGGCGUUCACAAAAUAAGAAUAAUAAACGUCCAUUAGGAAAUAUAUUGAUUGGAUCUGCUUUGACUUUAUCCGGAAUUCUGUUCACACAAUUUUUAGCUUUCUGCGAUUCAUUAAAACUAUCAUUUUUUUCUCGUCCGGUUUAUGAUAAAAUAAUUAAGCGUUAUACUGGACCAGUCAUUUGUAAUAUUUGGGAAGAUCAAAAGAAAAGUACAAUUGACAGUAUUAAAAAUUCAGAAAAUUAUAUUUGGUUAGCCGGAGAUGGGCAGUUUGACUCUCCAGGCUUUUGCGCCAAGUAUUGCAUCUAUUCGGUAAUGGAUUUACGAAGCGGAAAAAUAGUAGACUUUAAACUUGUACAAAAAGGUAUGGUAAAGGGAGACUUAGAAAGAAAAGGUUGUGAAUUAUUACUUAAUGAUCUGACCAAAAACCAAAAUUUUAAUAUUAAAUUGUUUCUUACUGAUCGACAUAAAGGAAUUCGUUUUUACAUUAGAACACAACAUCCUGAUAUACAACAUGAAUUUGAUGUGUGGCACCUAUCUAAAGGUUUGAUGAAAAAAAUGAAAACCUUAGAAAAAAAACAUGAAAAUGCAUAUUUAUGGAAAAGUAGUAUUAAUAAUCAUCUUUGGUGGGCUUCGCAAAACUGCAAAGGUGACGGUCAAUUAUUGGUUGAAAAAUUCACGUCUCUACUACAUCACAUAAAAAAUGAACAUGAAUGGGAAGAAAAUGGAGUAACAAAAACAUGCGAUCAUGAUCCAUUAACAGACGGAGAAAUAAAUAAAAAAUUAUGGUUAAAAUCCGAUGACGAAUCAUACUAUGCAUUAAAAAAAAUUAUAACUGCCAAAGAUUUUAUAAAAGAUUUGCCACAUGCAAAACAUUUUGUGCAUACUGGCCGCUUGGAAUCUUAUCAUAAUGUAAGGCUCAGGGCCGGCUCAAGCAAAAAUAGUGCACUAGGCAAAACCUAA